GAUACUGGUGCUCAACAUGAUUGUGAGCGAAGAUGACGAUUGCUUUCCGGAGAUGAAAAUUUUCGUGGGGGAUACACUGAAAGUAAUCGAAAAAUUGAGUGUUCGAACACCACUUUAAUUCCAUAUUUUUAGUAAGAUUUUUGAUGUUUUAAGUGCAUAUUGCAAUCAAUUGAAAAUGGUGUCAACGAAUGGCAUGGAAAUUUGUAAAAAUUGCAAGUAAUAUUGUCUUUUGGGGUAAGAACACACACAAAAAACGGAUGUUCGAAAUCGAUCCGUAUCCCUGCAUCAAUCGAGCCCCAGUUUACAAAGACGUCUGUCAGUUGUGUGGAUCGUUUGGUCGGGCACACUGCCCUACUUUCUCGUCUAAAACUUUCUAUCUUGUAACAGCAACAGAAAAAUGAACUUUAAUUCUAUUUACUUGGUUAUAUAAAUGAAAGAAAAUCGUUCAUUUGGUGUACCAGUUUUCGAUUGUAAAUUUAUUGUUGAAAAACGAUUCCAUUCAACGAACAAUAUUUUCCAAAAAUUGUGCUCAACUUCGCAUACGUUGCAUAAUUUACCUUUUCCUUUUACACAGACGGGGUGUUUUCUGUAACGUCGCGACGAAGAAAGAAAAUUUUUGCGAUGAUGAUAACAGAGCAGAAGUGAAAAUAGUGUGUGGUUCAAUUAUUGUGCCUAAUUUAAUAAGGAAUUAAGUAUCGCAUUGAUUUAAUAUUGUUUGUCGUUUGGAUUUACUUACAAAGGAUAUUCAUUCAGGAGACUAUAUUCAUUGCUCAGUGGGAGGUACAAUUUAGUGCUUCAGCAAUUCAAAAACAAUGAAAUCAGUCGGCCUCCAGCACGCAGCUUCAUUGGGCAACAUUGAAGUUUUAACGCAGAACAACCACGUUCACGUUUCGGGGCGCAGUUACGAUUCUGAAGAUGAAAACAUGGGUCGUAAAAACACCCGUCCAUCUUCAGCCGUAUUGUUUCCGAAAACUUCUGUUUAUUCGAAGGGGGACAUCCGUGAACAGUAUUGCCUAUCUGAUAGACAGUUGAGUUCGAUUGAACGGCCUAGACGAGAUCGAUUUUUUGGAUGUUGGUCAGGUAGAGGUGCACCACAGUCAUUUCUCGGCGUGUGUGUUGGUAGACGAGCGCCAUCGGAUGAGAAUUUAGCGGACUAUGCACCUUUUUACAAGUAUCCGAGAUAUCCAAAUCAAACGAAUGACUUUAUUCAAUAUGACGAUGACGAUUUAGAAAGUUCCUAUUUUCGGCGAAGGCCAACUUCUUUUUUAAAUACUGGCGAUGCAAAACGAUACACAUGGAUGGCAGCUGACGAAGAAGCUGUUCGUUUGGAAGGACCAAGAUCAAUAUGUCCAGAAGAUUUCGAUGGUCGUGGACCAUACGUGGUUGGCUCGUAUCCGCCAAGAUCGUACUUAAGUCACAGUAGCGAACAUUUAGCUGGAGUAUAUCGAUGUCCAGCGCAUAUUGGAUUACCUCCCCCACCUCCGCCUCCAGUUUUAUCAGAUGCUACUAACAACGCACCAAGAGCAAAACACGUUAGUUUCGCCCGUUCGCACACACUAACAUCAUUCGACGAAGCUGUUGUCGGGCGAUCUAUAUCCCGAAUGAAUACAACUAGAAGCCAAGAGCGCCUUAUCGGUGGUAAAAAGUCGUUGCCACCGGCAAUUACUCAUUCCAUAAUGCAUCAACAACCACUUGGAAUCCAUCAACCGUUCACUAAUGUCACAUCAGUUCCAGAAAUCGUUGUAGUUGAAAAAACAAAACGUUCAACAAUGAAAGCACAAGCGACACAAACUGAAGUGUGUCUGGGAAGAAAGGCCAUGCCAAUACAACAUUUGUCGCUGAGUCCCAGAACAAUACAUCGGGUUAAGAUGGUCUCCCAAGGAGCUCAAACAAACGGUGGAUUAAAUGGUCGCAAACUUACGAAAAGUUUAUCUGAAAUGACGAAUGCACGAAAUGCAAAUGUUGGAAAUUUGUGUGAGUCUGGAAUCCAAACUGACGAAUUAAAAUUAUCUUGCGAUCACGAACCAUUACAUCGAACACAAUCGGAAGAGCCACCUAGGUCACCGUUUGAUUCACACCAACCGAAUUCGAAACAAUCAAACUACUACCAAUUUGAACUGCCAACAAGGACAUCAUCUAGACAGAGUGAAACUGAAGCAUCAAAGAGUGACGGCCUGUCGUCACAGAACAUUUUCACUCAUUCGCGAAAUUUGUCUCACGACAGUGCUAAUUCAUUUAAGUCGUUGGAUGUAUCCACAUCACGAGCAUCACAUGACAUGAGUUCCAUUAAUUUUUUAUCGGAGAGUGUAGCAGCGCGAUCCGAUAGCCGUGGCACCAUAGCGGAGUUCCCAAAUGAUUUCGAACAAUGCUACGAGACCAAUAGUUUGCCUCGUCAGAAAUGCAUCCAUCACAAGGCUGAAUUUCAUACAUACAGUUUACCACGCAAAGAUCCUCAUCAACAUAACUACGGCAGCGAUUUGUAUUCGCAAGUGAGCUACGCUGAAGUAAUAAACGGAGCUAGCAGACAAAAUCAGAAACGGUCGUCAAUAUCUCGCGAUAGUUCGACCGACUCGAAUCAUCCAGAAUUGAACGAAGCGUUAUCACCAUUUGGGACAAAUGAAAAUAUUGUCGCUUAUAAGAGGCCAUCGUAUCCAUGUGAGUCGCCAGAAAACCAAAAUAUAAUUCGCCGUCAGUCUGUAGGUCCGUGUCCAAUCGAAGAUCAGAAUUCGGCUUCCGAUGAGUUUUGUUCCACUUGCGAAUCGGAAUCAGAUUCCCGUCAGGAGCAUGAGAAGGAAAUUUUUAUUGAUUUCAAGCCGAGAAUAUCAAACAAUUCAAGUCCGAGGUCUCGGAAGAAACGACUCCAAAAGACACUGUCUGAAGGUGAGAUACUGUUUGAAAAUCGAAAACUCGGUGGCGACGGUGUCGCUAUGGCUUCGGCUAGUGAAGAGGAUCUGAAAACAUCUGACGAUAAAGAUGGUAACAAAUAUUUGUACCGAAAUGCUCCGAUCAAAGAUGAAGGAAUCUGCGAAAAAAGUAAUUUACUUAAGCUGCCAGGAGAUGGGAGCGAUUUGCGAAACAAACGAGAAGCAUUCCGAAAACGAUCAAUUAGUUUAGAAGAUCCAUCGGUAAUUGACGAUUACGAGAAUUUAUCUACACCCAUCAAGUCACUACCACCAUCGCCAGGUCUUGAUGAUCAAUCUGUACGAAAUCAUUCCACGUAUCCCUCGACUGACUCGCUAGCGAAUGAUGUGACGCGUGAUCACUCUGAUGGAAUUUGGAACGAGUCACAAGCAACGGUUUUGCAGGCCGGAUCAACGUCACAAGGUGCCACUCCUGCACUACUAACGCCCACAGCUAAACGCAAAAAUUUACUGUUGCAACAUCAACAAAGGAGUUCUAUGGAUACGGAUGCAUUAGAGUUGGAAGAUAACUUUAGUGAUCAGUCUGUCCCAUCAUCGACGUUUGCAUCAAAACAAGCCCCAUCCAAUACGCAAACCACAUCGGCUGUAAAAACUUCAACGGCCCAAGCUCCACCACCAACACCAAUGCCAUUAAUUGCUGUAACGCCAUCUCUUAGCAUCGAAAUGGAAGACCACAAAGUUCCAUCACAAUCCGUUCAGCGCAGAUCUCGACCAUCAAGCCCCACAAAACGAAAAGAAAUUCGACGACGCAGCGCUUUCGGUCAAGAAAUAGAUCCAUCUAUGCACACCUAUUCGAACAUACCAACUGAAUCUCCGGAACAUGUCAGACCAUCAACUACACCGGAGCUUUCAUUAAAUCGUUCCGAUUCGGGUAAAAACAACACCGAUCUAUCGGAAUGUAGUACUAAUACCGAAGAUUAUGUCACGUGUACCGAUAAUUCGAGACGUGUUGCAGUGUCUGCACAAACAUCACAAGCCUCACAGACCGUUACGCAAGAUGGUUCGUCAUUCGAAAGUGCAUCCUCAAUGUAUAGUUUGGCUCGUGUUGAUGCUAUAUGCGAAGACGGAGGUGUUUUAGACGAUACAAUUCCACUGCCCCCGAUACCAAAAGCACAAAACACGGCCAAAUCGUCUCCGUCCCAUUCUGCGACAAGCAGUUCAUCAGCUGGGAGUUACUGUCCCAAUGGUUUAAAAAAGCCAACAAAAACGUCUCCGUCACGCACCAAUAUUGUUAAGCCCAUUCAACCAACGAAACCGAAAACCGAGUCCGUGUCCGACGAUGAAAAAAGCGAAAAAAGAUAUUCGUCUUCGGGAUACUAUGAGAGCCCACAAGAUGAAGAAAAUAAACCAUCUCGACAGCGUCGCGUCCGAGACUGGAAUGAAGAGGAACGUAGACGACGCAAGGAGAAGAUGAGGCUUGAUAUAGAAAAAGAAAAUAUGAAGUCGCUUACGUCGCCAAUACCAAAGUCCACAGCAAUCUUCAAACAAAUAUCACCGGAUGAUCGAACAGCAAUGAACAUUUUAGAUGGAACAAGUCCAAAUAAAGCGAAACGCCUACGACCUAAGACUCGCCGAUCGCCGAGAGUUCGAAGCACCAACGAAGAUUUUGUUCCAAAACGCGUCAAAACACCGAUCGUCAUAAGUCCGGAAAUGUGCACCUCUGCUGACGCCAUAACUAAAAUAAGCCCGUCCAAAUACUCUCAUCCCUGUCGUUUAUCACCUCGAAAAGCUAAGGACUCAUCUCCCGAAAAGGGCUUAAAGGCAUUGUCGACCGAAUCGUUGCGGUCCGUGUCACCAGGAUCGGAUUCGGUGUUUUAUAGUGAAGCUGAUGGUAUAUUGGAUCAUCAAGUACACUGUCACAACUGUGGGAAACAAGUAGAAAUUGUAACAGCCGCUGGUUCUGUCGAAACUCUUGGCGGUUCCGUUGAAGACGAAAUUGUUCCUACAAUCGUCAAGCCACCAGCCGAUUUUGCUGAUUCACCGGAUGGUCCGAGAACACCACACCAUACAACGCGACUGUACAAAAAGUUGGAUAAACGUUUUCGUUCGGAAGAGCGGCACGGUGACCGAAAAAUCUACCGUUCUCGACAAGAAAGUGCACGUGCAAAGAGCGAGGAGCGUGGAAAAGAUGAGGCUAAUAAAAAAGCCAUUCUGCGGCCGGCUGGAUCUAGUCCUUGUGUCGUUCUUCCCGACGGUGGACAAUUCAACACAAGGGACCAACAAGCCGAUCCCGAGCAGGGAAUUUAUCAUGGAUAUUACCGACUAGGAAUUUGGAUAUGUAUCACUGACCGUGAUGUUUGGAAAAAACACGAUUUGGGUGCAGUAGAUGAACGAAGUCGUGAAAUAACGGAACGUCGAGGAUCAACAGACUCGGAAAAAGAUUUCCGUAAAAAAUAUCAGGCAAUAACACAUCGACUGGUUCAUCGCAAGUCAUGUGUGGAAAUGUAUCGCCGGCAAAGCAGUAAUUCGUUCAAUAUGAUAUCAUCAUCGGCAUCACCGGACUCACUGAGAAAUAAGUUAGAAGAAAUUUUUAAACUUAUGUUAGUUGUCUGGGCGAAAGAAGGCAUUGCUUUGAAGACGAUUUCUGGUCAAAAGAGUGGUUCUGACAAAACUAUCACCGUGUACCGUGAAUCAGGCGAAUUUGGUUUUCGCAUUCACGGAUCCAAGCCGGUAGUGGUUUCAGCUAUCGAACCAGAAACUCCGGCUGAAACUUCUGGCUUAGAAGUCGGUGAUAUCGUGUUAUCCGUAAACGGAGUAUCCGUAAUCGAUAAAAGCCACUCGGAAGUGGUUAAAAUAGCACAUGCUGGAAGUGAUAUACUGGAAUUAGAAGUUGCAAGAACUGCAAAUUUGGUAUCGUCUGAGGUUACAGAAGCUGUGACGCCAGCAUUAUAUUCGGGAUAUCUAUGGCGUCAAGGUGGACAACCACACAUCCAAGCGAAUAAUCAAAAGUGGGUUCGUCGAUGGUUUUGUUUACGUCCAGAUCAUUGCCUUUACUAUUAUAAAACGGAUGUGGACAUUCAACCAAUUGGUGCGGUUCUUCUUACAAACCAUACAGUUGAGAACUGCUCAUCGGACAUUGGUCGUCCAUUUGCUUUUCGAAUAACGUCCGGUGAGAGUCUACCAUUGUAUUUAGCAGCCGAUACUGAGGAAGCGGCUAAUCGCUGGAUUGCCGUUACCAGUCAUGCGGCAAAACAAAGUGAUCCAUGGUUAGAAAUAAGCACGAGGAAUUUAAGACUACCACCGAAUGGUGUUCCGCGACCAGAUUGUUUUGGUUAUCUUAUGAAAUUGGGCAAUCGAUGGCGAGCAUGGUCCAAACGAUAUUGCGUAUUGAAAGAUGCCUGUCUAUACUUUUACCACGAUGGAAAUAGUAAAAAUGCUUUCGGUAUGGCCUGUUUACAAGGAUAUAGAGUGCAGCAAACCAACAAUUCGUCGGGUAAGAAACAUGCAUUCGAAAUUUCUCCUCCCGAACCGAAGUUGAGGCAUUAUUACUUUAGCACCGAGUCGGAAAUGGAUAAAAAGAGAUGGCUGGCAGCAUUAGAAUACUCAAUUGAUCGAUGGAUGAAAGCUGGUUAAAUU